UAAACUUUCAGUUCUCUUCUUCUCCCCUUUUCACUCUACGAAUUAUUCUUACAGUUACUGUGAAUGUUCCUUCUCCUUAUUACAUUCAUAACAAUUGGUAUCAGCGAUCAGAACAAUAAACUUCUACUACCAUGGCAAAGAUGAGUAAUACGGAUCUUAUCACUCAAUUAGAGGCGGAUUUCGCUAUUAUACAAUAGGAAAUGGAAAAAUUCAAUGAAGUUCAGAGGAUAGAUUUUGCCAAGCUCACGGAAUUGAAUGAAAAACGUUUUGAAGAAUUUUUUGCAGCUGUCAAAGGAAUCAACGGUCAUUCUCAUCAAGAACAUACUCUUCACAGACCAGACUUCGGUCUAAUUUCUACACUCGGGCAUCACCGAGGUCUUAAAGUGGAAUUUCCCCAAUUCAAUGGUGAAAAUGCUAGAGGAUGGAUCAGAAAAUGUGAGAGGUACAUUCUAAUCCAUAGUAUGUCUGAUUAUGAGAAGAUUAUAUUGAUUGGAAUGUAUGUUACUUGCAAUAUGGAGAAUUGGUAUAUGGAUAGAAUUGUUGGUAAAGAAUCUAUGGGCUGGGAUGCGUUUGUAUUACUGUUCUUGGAUAGGUUCUCAAAAGAAAAUGAUAUUAUUGGGGAAUUCAACAAAUUAAGACAAAAAGGUGCAGCUCAUGAGUAUGUGGACAAAUUUUCUGAACUGAAAUCUUUUAUACUGCAACGAAAUAAACAUUUGGAUGAAUAUUAUUUUCUGAGAAGUUUUCUUAGUGGCUUAAAAAGUGAAAUAUGACAUAUGGUGGAGAUUGUAGCUCCUGAAACAUUGGAACAAGCUUUGAUGAUAGCUAAGAAGUAAGAAGCCGUAGGAAGGACACGGUAAUCCUUACCAAAGAGUAAUAAUUGGUCCAGGAUUAAUGUUGAGAACAAGGGAGUUGCAACCGGGAAAAACCUCUACCAAUCAAAAGAUUGAGUAAAGAGGAGCUGGAAGCAAGAAGAAAGGAUUUUGCUUUAAUUGUGAUGAAGCUUAUACACUGGGACCCAAAUGUAGGAAACUUUUUGUAAUCCUACUGUCUAAAGAUAUUCAAGAAGAUAAUGAAUCUUUAUUGAAUCAAGAUGAGGAAAAAGAAGAGAGUUUUGGGGUAUCACUCCAUGCUUUGAAAGGGCAUGUACCAACUGAAACCAUUAAAUUGGCUGGAAAGGUUAAGAACAACAACAUAACCAUAUACUAGUAGAUUCUGGGAGCACUCACAGUUUUAUAGAUCCAAUGACAACUAAUAAAAUCAAUUGUGAGCUUGAAAUUACAAAUCCUCUUCAAGUUAUGGUUGCAGGAGGAGGAAGGAUGUGUAAUUCAAAAUGCCCCAAACUGGAAUGGGAAAUGGCAGGGCAUCAUUUUGCAGCUAGUGCAAGGGUGUUACCAUUGGGAGGGUAUGAUAUGGUUAUGGGAGUGGAUUUGAUGAAGAAGCUGGGGCCUAUCAUGUUUGAUUAUGAUAAUCACUCUGUCACAUUUGAUCAUAAGGGACUUCAAUUCUUUAUUCUUGGCUGAAAUAUUAAUAAGAUACUGAUAGUUUGUUUUGCCACGUCAUUUACUAAUAACAGCUGGUAGUUAGUGGUUAGAGGGAGUAUAAAGUCAGCUGUAACGAUUGUAAUGGCUAUCAGUUGGAUAAUAAACUUUCAGUUCUCUUCU